UAAAACAUUUUUUGCCUGGUAAUCUUCUUUUUUUGUGUGUGGGGAAGAAUCCUUUCCAUUACCGACCGCAUGGGAGAUAGAACAGAGUUCACAGGAGCCAGUCACAAUAUGACAGCACCUUCAUUAGCACUGCAGCUGAUCAACCUUGACACCUCUCAGUUCCAAGGCCUCACAUUCGGAGUGUCCUCCUUCCAGACUGGCCUCACCCCUGAGAUAUUUUUUGCCCAGAACUUUUUAGUGCUGCCAGACACAGUGACUGUGGCAUCCAUAUCCUUACCUUCUGCUAUAGAGAACUUUUUCCCCCAAACAAGUGAAACCAGACCACGCAUUCAGUUUCAUUUUUAUGGCAAAGAAAACCUCUUUAAGGACCUACAACUGGGAACCAGGUUAAUGCUGAACUCUUAUGUAGUGUCUGCCAGGAUCACCAAUGCCACAGUGAUCAACCUUGAGAUCCCAUUGGUGGUCGCUUUCCACCAUCUGCAGCCCAAAGAGGAUCAACACAUUGUCCACUGUGCCUACUGGGACUUCCAUAAAAACAGUGAGCUUUGUGAUACACACUCUCAAGCAGAUUUCAACCACACAUCUACUGAUAUCUCGAAAACCCCAAUAAACCCAGAGGAUGUAAGGAUUGUGACCAUCAUCUCAUACCUGGGCAGUGGUAUAUCCUCUGUCUUUCUCGGAGUCACAUUGCUCACCUAUGUGGCCUUUGAGAAACUGAGACGAGACAACCCUUCAAAGAUCCUUAUUAACCUCUCAGUGGCCUUGCUAGGGUUGAACAUGCUUUUCCUGGUGAACUCCUGGUUUGCCUCUUUUAACACCAAUGGCCUCUGUAUUACUGUAGCAGCCUUUCAACAUUACUUUUUCUUGGCUACUUUUAUCUGGAUGGGACUUGAGGCAAUCAACAUGUAUCUGGCCUUGGUCAAAGUCUUUAAUUCUUACGUACCUUCUUACAUCCUCAAAUUCUGUGCUCUUGGAUGGGGUUUACCUCUGGUAGUUGUAAGUCUAGUGCUUGCCAUUGAUAAUCAUUCAUAUGGCAGACGUCUCUCCAGAACACCUCUUGAGGAAUCCAUGCCAUUUUGCUGGUUAAAGAACGAUGUGACCUUUUAUGUGACGGUGGUUGCUUUUGUCAUCCUGAUACUGGUCUGUAAUAUCUGCGUGUUUGCCGUGGUGCUUAUACAGAUCCGCAAAAUGCGGGUCAAUAAGCCCUCUGGCAGCAGAAUAGGACUGCUGCAUGACCUGCGAGUGGUGGCCAGCCUCACCUUCCUGCUGGGACUUACCUGGAUACCAGCCUUCUUCGCCUGGGGCCCAGCCAAAACACCCCUCAUAUACCUGUUCUCCCUUCUGAACAGUCUUCAAGGGUUCUUUAUCUUCCUGUUUUAUUGUCUGAUGAAAGACAAUAUCAGUGAGAAUUGA